AUGGCAUCGACGGUUGAACGUCUCAGGUCGGAUAAUCCUGUCCGCCUUCUCCCCGAUAUUACUAUCACAACUCCAGAAGGCAGGGAAUUGGAAUUUGACACAUACUUAUGCAACUUCGAAAGGAUAUUCGCUCUCGAAAAACAAGAUGAUUGUGUUUUUGGCCAAAAUACUGCGAGAGAAAUGUUACAUACGGCCGUGGGUGUGAUUGCUGUGAGCCUUUGUUCAAUGGACAAAACAACCAUUUACGCUGUCCUUGGAAAGAAAUCUGCGUCAACCGUGUUCGUAAUUUCUAAGGAGGAAAAUUGUGCCAGCAGAAUUAUAGCUGACCGAAAACCGAAUAAAGAUGCACUAGUGAAGUCAAAAGAAAAUAAAGAAUUUAUGAGCAAAAUACGAAAGACAUUAUUCGCUUUGAGAAAUGCAAAGGUUGGGGAGGACGAUGAGUACGAAACGAGUUGUGCAAACACAUCCGAAUAUGAGCUUGUGUUUGCUUCGGAUUUGUCCGAAACUACGGAAGAGAUGGAGGAAGAGGUUAAUGAAGAAGAUAAUAAAGGAGAAGAUGAGGAGAAAAAUAUAAAGAAGGAGAAACAGCCAGAUGAAGAUGAACCGGAAAGCCAUAAUUCAUCUUCAUCUUCGAACUCUAGUAGUUCUGGAUCAGAAAAUGAGUCGAGCGAUACUGAAAGUGAAGAGCCUGAUUACCAUUGCUCUCGUGGAUAUCACACCUUCGUUAAAUCCUGUCUUCAGCGGAAGCUUGUUAUAAGGGAAAUGAUCGAACAAAAUGUGUUUAAAAGGGAUAGCAACGUCGCAAUACCUCUUAUCGGGCCAGAACACCGUGUAGCUGCUGUUUGCACAUUUCACACCCGUAAUAUAGAACCUGAUAAACGUAUUGUGCAUAUUGUUUUCAUGACUGUUAGAAAGCACUUGCGCAGGCUUGGAAUUGGUUCAAAGAUCUUGGACAUUCUCAAAUCAACAGACAUAUCUGGAUCAUACGAUGCUGUCGUGGUUCAUGCAGACAACAAUGCCGACCUCAUAAUUGAGAGAUACAAACGCCAGGUGGCUUAUCAGAUGGAGGAGACAAACAGAUACCGGCUGCGCCUUAAAUACAUGGGUGAAAAUAAGGAAGGAGCAUGGUCCGCAGCGCAAACGGGUCGUCUUCCGUUGCAUCUGGAGGCUCUGGAUCUACGAGUGGCGCCCGGAUGCGAUGAGAUUUAUCAACAACUUACUGGCAACUUUUCAAGCUUUAAGGCCUUAACGCCAAUUGGUGACCUCUGA